UAAACAUUAAACAAUGACUUCAGACAUAUUCCAAUGUGCCAUACCUGUAUGCCAGCCAGCAUUGGAGGUGGCUACAUUAAUCGUGAUAAAAAUUAACGUUUAGAUAUAGCGGAAACAGUCAUUGGAAUAACAUUUAAAUAGGUUAUAUUAUUUAUUCACUAAGAUUAUAAAAAAUUACUAGUGGUACAGUGAUCAGUUUCACGAUGAUUUGUUUUCUCUAAAAGAUAAGUAAGUGGUUAGCCUUCUGGGCCUGAAACACGCAGGCAAGCCAGUCACUAUGUUUAAAUUCAGCAAGUGUUAAAUGCAUAGUUGAAGUUAAUGUAAUGAGUCACAGAAUAUUACACUUUGAUAAGCAUCAUUAGGUUGCUACCCUCAGGGCAUUGUAAUGGUGAUAAUGUCGUGUAUGGGUGAUGUGGCUUUACAUGAUCGUGUGCCAGCCCUAUGGCAGCGAAUUGAAGAUGCACAUUAUAGUUACCUAGAAAUAGACGAUAGUCCUGAAAAGCUGCAGCAAAAGAAAAAAUUACAAGGUUACAUCACGGAAUACCUGUCGCUAGUUCCAAAUGAGUAUAAAUUUGGACUGCAAGAGACGAGCAAAGUGUUUCAAAGGACGGUCAACGAGUUACCUGACUAUAGUGCGUACAGAGCCGGCAUCGGUUGGGCGGCGAUGGCUCGAUACGCGGCUAAUCUAUUGGCCCAGCCCUGGAGGAAGGAGUAUAAGGUCGUCAGGUUAUAUUGCGGGUUCUACAAGCACGAGGUCGAGGCCAACCUCGUGGGCGGCGAGAGCUUGCUGCGAGCGAUGGGGUACCGGGCCCUCGGCGGAGGCCGCCUGGCUUUGGACGGGCCCGUGUGCCCCGACAUGGCCGCGGCCGUCUCCCGGGACGCGCUCAUCGCCCAGUGCGAGAGUCAGAUAAUGGCGUCGAUCUGGGAAGGCGUCUGGAGCGGCGGCGGCCGCGUGUCGUGGGCCGCGGUGGCCGCCGAGAGGCUCGCGCCUUCCCGAUGCCUGUUCGGCGACGAGAACGUCUACUCCAACAUGCCCGCGCCCUCCGCGCCUCGCCGCCGCCCGCCCUGCCGCUGCCCCGACGUGGCGCCCUUCGUUUAUUCACCCUGCGAGAUGCCCGCGGUGCCCUACGCGGGGCCCCACUACUUGCCCCUACGGCCGUCCUACGCGGUUCCCCCGCCCGUCUACGCCCCCGCGAAUCCUGCCCCGAGCGACGCCGUCGACGGGUCGAUUCCCCGACGCCCGUGCCCGGUCGUCCCGACGGCGCGGUUGAUCGAAUACGACUCGGAGAGAGACGAAAGGCGGAAUCGCAGAGUCGACGGCCCGUCGAGGUCGGACUCGCGGCCGGCGCUGAAGGCCAGAGAAGACGGCACGGGGACGUACGAGAGCUGGGAUUACGUGUUCAGGAACUUGUCGAGCAAGGACAGAGACGGAGACGGCGGGAGCGGCUUCUCGCAGUCGUCGGACAGAGACUCGCGGACGCUCGACAGGCUCGAGAGGGACGAGCGGAGGAAGUAUCGGCCCACGACGAUGGACUUGGAGGACGGCCUUCGAGCCUUGCACCUCGACAGAUCGCACGACGAAGAAGCGUCCCGCACCGCCAAAGUCAACGAGAGUCUGAUGAGGCUAAAGCGGGAGCAAGAGUCGAAGCGAGUCAAGAGGAGACCUGAAGAGAGGACACAGGAAGAGAGGAGACCGGAAGUGAGGAAACCGGAAGAGAGGAGACCGAAGAGGACGGAAUCUAUGGGAAAUCCGAGCGCCGACGGGCUCGUCACGCCGAAAGUGGCUCCGGAUAAAGUGAAGUUGCUGAGCAAGAGAGAGAUAAAAGAUAGGAAGGAAGCGAUGAAGCUGACGGUCAACGGUCAGCUGUCCAACGCCGAGGUAAAGAAGCUCAAGAGACCGGUCAAGGCGGCGGCGGCCGAAGUGGAGAAGACCAGGAAACCCUCGGAGAACGGAGUGCACGAGGCUUACGGGCCGACGAGCGUUGCGAGCUCCGGCCAGCCCUCGGGCCUCGAGGCGCAGCUCGCGGUGUCGUCGGAGGACGGUCGAGCCGAGAGAUGGCAGUGCGGCACGUGCACUUACCUGAACGCGAGCGGCCUGCAGGCCUGCGACAUGUGCGGCAAGUCCAAGAGGGGGCCCCGGAUCCAGCCCUUGACCUCCGGAGGCCGAGAGUGUCCCGCGUGCACUCUGGUCAACGAACGGGACGCCGAGCUGUGCGACGCGUGCGGGACCGGCUUGGAUCGUUGCCCCACUUAUAUUUAACGGUUUCUUUUUCUCACAUGUUUUUUAGCUUCGUCGUGAUUUAUGUUAUCGGCUCGACCGAACGACGGAACCUAUCUCUGAAACGGCACGACGCUCCAAAAGAUUCCCUAGGCUAUAUUUUUCUUUUCAGUCUAUGUCUCCGUGUAAGGUCUACUUUUUUCAAAGACGGAUUGUGGACGUUUCGGGGUGAGGACGAUUCUCGGCUCCUACUUGAACCUUACUAUAUUUGUACACCAUUCUGAGGUGAAAUAUUUAUUCCAUGACGAUUGUUAUUUUAUAAAGAUGCAUUUCUAUCAUUUGUUAGCGUGUUUAAUAGAUAUAACUUUAAGGGGCGUCACUUUUGCACUAUGAGAUGAUGUUUUCCAUCGCGAAGGCUAUCGAGGAACGGUUUAGAAACCAUCUUAAGAGCGUCUCGAGACCUUUUCACGCUCACAUCCAGGUCGAUGUUUUCUUAACCGGACCCGUUCAUCUGGUUGCUGUCGUAAUAUAUCGGUUCACCAGCUGAGACAAUUGUUUUGCUAUUUCGACAUUAGAUCGUGGAUUUAAAUUUUAUACAAAGUUAUUUAGAGUGACAGCCCUUUGUUAUUUAAUGUGAUUAUUGUUAUUUAUUGUAUAAUUAUUUUAAUUUUGACUCGCUUGUAACAGGGUAAUGAUUGAAAUAGGUUGACGUGUUUCCUCUCGAGCGCAAUGACGAAUCAUUAUUAAUGGAUAUUAUUGUGGAGCGAGUGGGGGAGCCAAUAUCGAAGAUCAUCUAGUCGGGGCACCUACUCGGGUAUAAUUUAUUUGUAGAAACCGUUAAUUUGGAAAAAUAAUUUCGAUGAAUCGUCAAUGCCUCAAUUUAAAAAGUUUAGUAUUUGAAAAUAAUGUUAAUAGUGUUCGUUUUACGCCUUCUAAAAUGCUUUAACAUUAGAAUAGUUUUGCCUUUUGAUUUAAACAUAAUAUUGAUCUGUAAAUAACACUAGUGUACAUAGUAGAGAUUAAAUUAUUAAUAUAUUUAUUAUAUACAACUUGAA